AUGCAGUCCUGCACUCUUAAACCUACAAGCGAAGUCACUGUCGCCGCAGCUAACAUCAAUUUCGACUUUUGUCUUGUAAAGUAUGAGGCUCCCGAAGAAUAUCGUCCCAUAGGAGAGCUUCUUUCUGAAAGUCGCAAGGAAAAUGCCGAAGCAGGCACCAGCCACGUCACCGCCCGUCGUCUGGCAGCCCUCUUUGAUGGAAUUUGCCCGGACACUCCCAACCUUAUCCGAGCAUAUGGUGAAAGGGCCUCGGAAAUUUCAAAGAAAGCUCACAGUCGAGAGAUAGAGGAGUAUUCGACAUCUAUGUUUGGCUCUUACGCCGGUAUCGAUGCAACAUCCAUCUGGGCUGCUGCUACAUCUUCGCGUGGAAGAAUGAAUGGCGCAAUCCAUGUUCAUCUUCUGGCAUGUGUACUGGCGUUGAUGUUUAAUGCCACAGAGGCUAUAUCCAUAUGGAUCGAGCUAGCAGAUGAGCGACGAAAAGCGAUCGCGAAGAGUUGGGAACAAGAAGAGGACAUACCCUUUUCUACCGUCGCUGCAGCAGUUCAACAGGGUCUCUCGAGAUCUCAGAUUGCGGAAUGGGACGCAAGCGCCCGUGCAUGGCUUCAAACAGCCGAUUCCACAAUGGUGAACAAACAAACACAGCUUCGACUCAUCCUGAAGAAUGUCAAUCUUACAUUGGGCCCAGAUACCAUGGUUUAUUAUAGUGUUGUCAAAACCUGGGAGAAAACGCUGAGAACUAUGGAGAGGCUUGUCUCAGGCGUUCCUCAGGAAGUUCAAGACGGCUCGGCAAUUCUUGGUCUUGCUGCCUGGCAUAUCUAUCCCGACAUUCAUGUGUUUGGAAUCAGGAAUGUCCAGGUCUGCAUGAAUGACCCGCUUGUAGCUCCAGGAGGUGUCCUUUCACUUGGCUGUUCGCCGUCGGCUACGACGCCUCUCAGUGGUGUUACAUGGUCCUUAUCACUGGCACAUUUGAGAUCGUACGGCCAGCCUGUCAAAAGACAUGGGACCUUCAAGUCAGAUCCCAAUUUGAUCUCCUUCAAUGAUCUGCUACUCAUCACUCUUGGUUGCAUCUUAUCCCGAUGGGGUGUCCCAACAGAUGACACUGCCACUAUGGGAGCUAUUAAAAUCAUCAGCCUUAUUCCAGGAGAUCCCUCACAUCGUCUUCCAAGUCAGAAACCUGUUCCGUUGUUGGGGAGACUUAGCCAAACUGUGGAAGGCUUGCGCUUAUUAUCUGAGGCAGCGAGAAAGCUUCCCUACGACAAGGAGACAUUACUACCGUUCAUUAAUCUCGGGAGAAACCGGACUCAGUUCAUUCCUCGCCGCACCUAUAUCAACCGGAUGACCCAAGGUUUCAUUCGACCUUUCUUCGGCCUCACCCAAGUUGAUAUCCUAUUACAGUCUAUUCAACAUGCAGAUGGGAGGAUUGAGUUCCUACGGCGUAUGGCCGCUAAGUCGGAAGAAUUGCAAAAGCACACCUGUAUCAUUCAAUAUGCCGACCAAGUUGACAGGGAUCACAAGGUUUUCAGUUUCGCCACGGUCUUCGGCCACUCUUCCGACAGCUCCAUACAAGAUCAGGCUGCAUUGGCUAAAAAGCACAAUGCCUCACAUACUCGAUGGAUACACCCUCUCAUGAUUGAUACGGUAAUUACCAAAGACACGGUCCUUGAGAACACCGACUACUUUUUGUACUCUCCAUCCCCUGCGCCACACCUCACGUGUACCCUCAACCCCAAGCGCUCUGCUGAGUGCGAUCUCCAGUUGUGGUAUGGAAAGCCGGAGCUGGCCGCAAUCUAUAUCUUUCGAGACCAACAACUUCCGCAUACUAAUAGCCCGUCAAUUACCUAUGUAGAUCUACUGUGGUGUCUUGAGUAUGAUCUGCUAACGCCUGAACAAUGUCUGCUUCAAGCACAUGAUGGUGUUACAGAGACAUUGAGAAGUCUUGCUGUGGCCCAUAACGAUGGUUUUCGAACAAUAUCAGAGCCGGUCAUCCAGCUUGAUACUCUCAGUAAGCCAUGGAUAGAUGCCAAUUGUAUGUCCGAGUUGCUUAGCAACGAGCAACCGUCCCUUCACGAUCCACGAUCGGGCUCCCUCCGGACCAUUUCGAUCUUCUCAUAUCUCGUAGCCGGUCACGAUAUUCUACCUACCAAGAUUCCUGGCAACAUUAUUGGCAUAUCUAUGGGCAAUUCCAUGUUUGUUCCUAAACAGCUGCUCUGCGACCCGCUAACGGUUGGCAAUAAAAGCGCAUUCACACGCAUCCUGGGUAAUAUAGGUAAACCGGGGUUUGUAAUGUUCUUCUCUGUCGAAGAACCUGAGUUACCUCCCCCAGACAACACGUUCUGGAGGGUUGCCAAGGCGCAGAAGUUCGACGGGGCGGCUGUAGACCUCUUCCGCAACACAUCCAUGCAUCUCUCAUUCACCAACUGGGAGCGACCUUUGGAGGGUUAUAGUUACAGGGGCAGUCAAGAUGUACAGAUGACUCUUAUGGAAUGUGUUAUAUCGAUUCGAGAAGGAGGGAAAUGGAUUGGCGAUGUUGACGUGAUUCCUGCGCUUAACAGUUCAGCGAUCUAUCGGCUAGGGUCUCGCAGCCUGUGCGAUCACUUGGACUCAGAGCCUCCAGAUGCUUACAUGACGUCCAUAGAAAGCUGGGAUGAACUCCGAGACUGUCAUGCUGGUAAUGUCGUGGUACGAGCAAACGGAAAUUGGCUAGCUCGGCUGGCAACGACAGCGUAUCUGAGUCAGUACGCAGAGAGAGCUCAAGGCAACAUCACCAGGAUCACGGGUUUGGAUUGGGGUUAG